AUCCGUGACGUCGCUUUCAUCCGUUACGUGUACAACAUUUUACGUCCACAAUAAAAACACAAGGAGCUUGAGUUUUAGGAGACACCAUUCAGAUUUCUGAAUUCAUUCAUUUAACGGAAUUAUUUUGACAAAACAAGUUCAACAAGACGUCGUCGGCCCACUGCUAUAGCGAGAGCUCUACAGCUGUACAGACACUUCCGUGGUGGUAACGCCAGUAACCACGCUGCUGCUAUCAUGCUCUCCGUAACCAUUCUCUCCUUCCUGGCAGUGACAAUCAGUGCUCAGACAUUGGAUAAACCCAAGCCUGUGAAUGUCGGAAGCCGCGGCACCUACAUGAUCACAUUUGCAAGGAAGAUUCGGCCGGGUCUUCCCACCAAGAUGAGAGUCGACAUGAUUGGCGCGACCGCUCCGGUCAUCCUCCGCGUCGAUCUCGUGAACACGACCGACAAGUCAGUCAUCGCCUCAAAAACACAGACGUUUGCUCCUGGAGUGCCAACAGAUUUCAGUUUUGAAGUUCCCAAAAUACUGAAACCGUGGGUGCGAUGGAGAUCGGAACUGGCUAUGAACUUCAACGCUACUGGUGGACUGACGUUUGAAGAUUCCACGAGAGUGGACUUUAACAGCAAAACAAAAUCCAUCUUCAUCCAGACUGACAAAGCCAUGUACAAACCCGGAGAAGAAGUCAAAUUUCGGGUGCUGGCUACCUAUUCAAAUUUAAAGGUCGUGAGGGAACCCAUGACCAUUGUGGUUAUGGAUACCAACGGCAAUCGACUUAAGCAAUGGCUGGACGUAGUAAAUCUCGAAACUGGAGUCAUUCAGAAGUCAUUUGGUACGUCAAGAGAACCAGUGUUGGGAGAAUGGAAAAUUGAAGUCACGAUGGGCGACCAGACAGAAACUCAAGCUUUUGAAUUAGCAGAAUACGUGUUGCCGAAAUUCGAAGCUAACAUUGAGGUUUCUUCUCUGCUGUCUGUUAACACGACCAACAUCCCAGUGAAGGUCACAGCAAAAUACACCUUUGGUCAGCCCGUAGAUGGAAGCGUCAUUCUAAGGUAUCGACUCUCCUAUUACUAUGGAUCAUGGAGAUCCGACGCCAAGAAUCCUUUCAGAGAAAUUAAACUGCAGAUGCGGAACGGCGAGGCCACGACCAUAGUGCCAACACUCGACAUACGUCAGCUAGCUCUAGAAGGGGACCACAUGUCAACCCCCACCAAGACGGUCGCAGACAUCUCUCUCAACUACCGCUCGGUAGUGUUCGAGGCCAACGUCACGGAGAUUCAGUCAGGACGUGUUGUGUCUGCCGAGGCCACACGCCAGUUCUACAGAGACGCUAAGAAGAUGAACUGGAUGAACUUUUCUCCACGGAUCUACAAACCCGGUCUUAUCUAUACCGCUUAUCUCAAAGUUUCGUACCAAGACGACACCUUGUUGCCCCUGGACACCAAGUCACGCGUGAACAUCACUGUCUUCUACAACGUGGAACGACCCACCACAACCACCUCAUCGACCACAACAACACCGACAACCACAACCACCACUAGGGGUCCAGAGUUUGUAACCAACAAAUUCAAAAGCAAUAACACAAAACGUCUAGAUCUAAUUGAACUCCCCACUUUGCCAGAUGGACCUGGCUUCAAAAGGCCGCCGAGAUUCUACCCCAGGUACGACAGACUGAACUUGAAACCUCAGUGGUAUUCCAUUGGCAAAGGAGGAAUCAUUGUCCUGAAGGUUAAGAUACCAAAAGAAGCUAACAGCAUCUCCAUUGAGGCUAAGUUGGAGGGCAGUGACGUCAUGGCAUACCGGUAUGUGUCCAGAAGCUACUCCCCUAGUGACAACUUCAUACAGCUCUCCCUCAAAACACCAACACGACCAAAGGUUGGCAUGUCUGCCGAAUUUGAGCUCAAGUCUACGGAACCAGUCAAAAGAAUCACAUACCAGAUUAUAUCCAAGGGAAAGAUAAUAAUCUCAAAGGACGUCGUGACACCGACUGCAUCAAACCUCAUGUCCCUGUCUAUUCCGAUUGUCGCUGCCAUGUCUCCGAAAGCAGACAUCGUCGUGUUUCAUGAACGGGAAGACGGGGAGGUCGUCGCCGACUCCAUGUCUGUCAGUGUGGAAGGGACGUUCGACAACCAGGUGCGUCUGUCGUUCAACAAGGACCAGGUCAAACCGGGGGAGAAGGUAACUUUGACGGUUAGUGCCGACCCAGACACCGUGGUCUACAUUAAAGGAGUCGACAAGAGUGUGCUGCUUCUCAAGGAUGGAAAUGACAUCACAGAAGACAAGGUACUUCGAGAAUUGACGAGCUAUGACUAUGGCGGUUAUUACCCGUAUUUUGACAUCAUGAGAUCCUGGUGUUGGGUAAUUCCCUCCAGCGGAUCAGAUGCCAGCAGUAUAUUUCGGAAAGCCAACUUGGCAGUAGUAACAGAUUCUACAAUAUACCGGCAUCGAACGAACUUCUGGGGUGGUGGAAUGCCCAUGCCGCUACAGGGUGCAGGGUUUGCAGGAGAGGAGAUGGCGGUCGCCUUUGAUUCCACAGCCACUGGGGGAGCAGGUGCAGGAGGUUUCAAGCCUGUCGAACGAAUCAGGAAGUUCUUUCCCGAAACGUGGAUUUGGGAUGCAGUGGUUAUCGGUCCUAGUGGAAAACACGUUGAAGAGAAAACUGCACCUGAUACAAUUACGACAUGGGUUGCCACUGCGUUUGCCAUGCACGAAGCAAAAGGGCUAGCUGUUGCUCCCAACGCUGCCAACUUAACAACCUUCCGCAAGUUGUUUGUGUCGCUGAAUCUGCCGUACUCAGUCAUACAAGAGGAGGUGGUCUGUCUGCAGGCUCUGGUCUUUAAUUACUUCCCCAAAAAUAAAAUGGUCCUUGUAACACUAAGAAAAAAUAAAGACUUUUUGAAUGUGUUCAAACAAAGACAGUACUUUUGGUGGACUCCAGAGUUAAAUUCCUUCAGCACUGAGCAUACACAGUUUGGAUAUGUGGAUGCCGGCAAGAGCAUGUCAUUCUACUAUUGUAUAUACCCUCGUGUAACUGGGCAAAUCCGUCUCACCUUCACUGUCCAGUCGUGGGAAGGAUCCGGUGAUGGUGUUCAAAGAGAUCUUCUAGUAGAGCCACGAGGCACACAAAGGACGAAUAACAUACCCGUCCUAGUUGAUCUGCGAAACCAACGUCAGUUCCGGAAGAAUGUCCUUGUGGAGUUUCCUCAAACUUUCGUGAAGGGGUCUGAGCUGGUUAAAAUCAACGUUGCUGGUGAUGUUAUUGGUCCGACCUUAUCUAACCUCGAUAGUCUUUUGAGAAUGCCGUACGGGUGUGGUGAACAGAACAUGCUGAAUUUCGCUCCCAACAUAUACGUCAUUAAAUACUUGAGAGAAACUGGACGCGAAACAGAAAAAAUAUGGAGGAAAGCAGAAAACCAGUUAGAAAAAGGUUACCAACAGGAACUGAAGUAUAUGCAUAGAGAUGGAUCCUUCAGUGCAUUCGGUGACAAACAAACGGCGUGGAACAAAGGCAAACGGAAUGGUAGCAUGUGGCUGACUGCGUUUGUAACGAAAUGCUUCGUCCAGGCGGUUGAUCUGAUCCCUACUAUUAUAGACAGUAAUGUCAUUGGUAGAAGUCUGAAGUUCAUGGUUGACCAUCAGGCAAAGAACGGCUCAUUCCCAGAACCAGGAAAGGUCUUUAACACCCGACUACAGGGCGGUUCUGGUUCCGGGGAGGCUCUGACAGCCUAUGUUCUGAUAGCGCUCAAUGAGGCGGGGUCCUGGCUGACUGACAUUAAACCAAACUCUGUGGAGCAGAAACAUAUCACAAAGCAGAAGGUCACUGAAUCUGCAACGAAGGCUACACAAUAUUUGGAACAACAGUUCAGCACGCUGACAGACGUUUAUGAUAUUGUAAUCGUGACGUAUGCUUUACAACAAGUCAAUUCAAAAAUAUAUCCUGUUGCCAAGACAAAGAUGGAAUCUUUAGCAAAAGAGAGUGAUGGAGUGAAGUACUGGGCUAAGACGAAACCGACCCGCACGGGACGACGUCGUUACUGGUGGUACCGCGACACCGACGCCCUCAACAUCGAGAUGACGGCGUAUGCUCUACUCACGUACGACAUUCGGGAUGCCACUGCGGGUAUACCAAUUGUCCGCUGGAUCGGCAACCAGCGAAAUGACAAGGGAGGAUUCAUCUCAACGCAGGACACCGUCAUGGCACUACAGGGUCUCACGCAGUUUGCGCAGGCGCUGUACUCACGUGACCAGCUCAACAUGACGAUUUCUGUGCAGAAUCCAACAGGGAGGAGAACGUACAACCUGAACAAGAACACAGCUCUCAUGCUGUACUCAGACGACCUGCCGGCCAAUAUUAACAGCCCAUUCACAGUAAAUAUCGAAGGGUGAAGGUCAAGGCGUUGGAGUUGUUGAGAUAGCCAUGCAGUUUCACGUGGAGACUGAAGUGGUUGAUCCAAAAUUCGACCUGAGGGUUGAAGUGAACACCCCGCCUAAUCACGACAAACAUUUCGAACUUCACGUCUGCUUUCAACACCUGAUGGUGGGAGACAGCG